AAACUGUGAUCAGUGCCCAUGGUUACUGGGAUGAUGACGUGGCUGGGGAAAGUCCUGACAUGGUGGACUGGAUGAAACAUCCAUGUAGAAGAGCGUGCAAAUCCGGGGAAGCCCCUAUGGAGUGCAGGUAUAAAUUUAUAGUGGAAUCUUAUCACACUAUGAGCAAAGCAUGCUAUAAUUGCCCUCGCAAUAUGACGGACUGUUAUCGACCUCACUGCAUUACUGCAGAUGGAGUGGAAAGACCCAUUGUUGUUGUAAACCGACAAAUGCCUGGACCGUCCCUUGAGGUGUGUAAAGGUGAUCGUGUAAUAGUGGACGUAACAAACAUGAUGUCAUCGGAAAGCACCACUAUGCACUGGCACGGACAACAUCAUCGGACAACACCAUACAUGGAUGGAGUGCCUUUCAUCACUCAAUGUCCGAUUUUACCAGGAAACACUUUUCGCUAUCACUACGAAGCUGCCACUGAGGGGACUCAUUUUUGGCACUCACACAUUGGGUUUCAAAGAGGAGAUGGUAUUCUUGGAUCAAUGAUAGUUCGAGUGCCACCUGAGGAAGAUUACCACAAGGACCUUUAUGAUGAGGAUACGUUUCAAGUGAUAAUUACUGACUGGGAACACUCCAUGGGAGGAGAUACAUUCCUAAAUCAUUAUCACACGGGAGGCAGCAACAAACCUCCUAAUAUUUUGAUAAAUGGACUGGGACGAUAUGCAAGCAACAUCGACGUCAAUGGAACUUCCGCUCUAGUGCCUGUGGCGACCUAUACUGUUAAACAGAAUCUAAGAUACAAAUUUAGACUCAUCAAUGCAGAGUUUCUGAAUUGCCCCAUUCAGAUGACUAUCGAUAAUCACACGUUUUACGUCGUCAGUAGUGAUGGUAACGACAUCGAACCAAUAGAAGCUCAAUCUUUGGUCACUUAUGCCGGAGAAAGAUACGAUUUUAUUGUAGAAAUGAACCAAGAAGUUGGAAAUUAUUGGAUGCAUUUUCGAGGACUUUUGGAUUGUGGUGAAUCAUUCACAAAGGCUUAUCAGGUAGCUAUUCUUCAUUACGAGGGAGCUGAACAAUCCAGCCCACACUCUCGCAUUUCUUGGGCAUCAAGAGUUCCAAACAAUGUUAUGGAGGUUAAUGGAUUUAACAAGGGAACAGAGUCUGAUACAAUCAGUGUACCUAUGUUUGAUUCACUACAGCCUGAUGAUCCAGCUAAUACCAGGGAACCUGAUUAUCAGUUUUAUGUUACUUACGAUUUUUACAAUAUUAAUAAUCCCCUUUAUCAUCGGAAGAACCUCUACGCUUUCGAUAAAGUGAAGAGAAAGCAUCAAGUUUAUACACCACAGUUAAAUCACAUUUCCAUGAAGCCAUCUUCUUUUCCACUUUUGCCCCAGAGAGAUUUGAUUGAUCCAAAUACAUUUUGUAAUGAGACAUCUAUGAAAGAUGUGAAGGAUUGUAAAAAGGAAUUUUGUUCGUGUACUCAUGUACUGCAAGUGAAGUUAAACAGUGUCGUGGAAAUAAUUCUUGUUGAUGAAGGUGUUACGUACGAUGCAAAUCAUCCGUUCCAUUUGCAUGGAUAUGGCUUUCGUGUUAUGGCUAUGGAAAGGGUAGGCAAGAGUACAACUGUUGAGGAAGUUAAAAAACUGGAUCGGGAAGGACGAAUAAAGCGGAAGCUUCAUCGAGCACCGAUCAAGGAUACAGUGACUGUGCCGGAUGGUGGCUUUACCAUAUUAAGAUUUUAUGCGGAUAAUCCAGGUUAUUGGCUCUUUCAUUGCCACAUUGAAUUCCACGCCGAGGUGGGAAUGGCUUUGGUUUUCAAGGUCGGUGAACACGAAGAGUUUCCUCCGGUCCCGAAGGACUUCCCUCGAUGUGAAAGUUACAUGCCUUCCGUGGCACCGGAAGACACAGUAAAUCCUCAAACUAGCAUAUAUGAAUUAAAUAGGAACCGCACUAAAAACACCAUUACGACACCUAAUCCCGAAGAAAACGAGGUGGACAAUGUUAAAAAAGUUAUAAAAACUUGGUUGCCUCUCGUUUUGAGGGAGUUGGGAGUACAAUCCUCAGCAUCGACUUCUGUUUCCCAACGGCUCGUACUCGGGCUAAGCUUCAUUUUGGUACGCAUAAAAUAUAUAGUUUCCUUACUUGCAUGGUUCCUAGAAAUUCUCCCAUCUUAGAUCAUUCACUCCUCUAGCAUUCCACACACCUAGUCUUCAUUCAUCGCCUGAAACUCAACCUUUAUUAUUUAUAUUACUCAUUUUUAAAAUUGUUCAAUAUAAUAAUAAAUUUGUACAUAUAUUACAGCGAAAAAGAGA